GUCAGACAUUACUCAAAUAAUGUCAAAAUCGUUGUUUCUUUACACCAGAAUUUAUAUUUAUCUUAAUUUUUAAUCGAAAUUUUGACGGUCAUGGGCAAUUUUGUGGAAAAAAUGUUAUCCAAAUUACAGUAUUAUUUCAUAAGGAUAAGUCGCCAGAGAAAACUGUUAUAUGAAAAGAAACAGGGAAUUGAGUAUUUCAGAGAAUGUGCCGAUAAAUAUGGAGAUAUGCAAAUGGAGGAAAUUAAUCGCAAGAUGAAUGAAUCUUUCCAAAUUGUUGAUGGGGUAUUAGAUAUGAAAGAUCCGGUGGAUAUGCCUCAACUUACUCACAUUCAACUACAAAUGGUGAAUGAUGCUUUCACGGGGGAUCCAAAUGAAGUCAUCACCGAGAAAUUUAGCUUGAGCAUAAAGAGACGAGAUCUAUUAACUUUGGCAGAUCUCAAUUGGUUAAACGAUGAAAUUAUUAAUUUUUAUAUGAAUAUGAUCAUUGAAAGGGGAGAGAAUCCGAAAUGGCCCAAAGCUUACGCAUUUAAUACAUUCUUUUAUCCAAAGCUAUUGAGAGAUGGUUACCAUUCGUUAAGAAGAUGGACCAAGAAAAUUGAUAUUUUUGCAAAUGCUCUAAUUUGUAUUCCUAUACACUUAGGCUUCCAUUGGUGUAUGGCCAUCAUUGAUUUGCGAGCCAAAUAUAUCAGAUAUUAUGACAGUACUGGAAACAGCAACAAUAGAUGUUUGAAAGCUUUGAAAAAGUACUUAGAAGAUGAGCACCUUGAUAAGAAAAAAUGUCCUCUCUAUACGACCGAUUUCAAAUUGGAAAACUUAAAAGAUAUACCUCAGCAAUCGAAUGGAAAUGAUUGCGGUAUAUUUACAUGUACUUACGCAGAAUUUAUAACAAGAGAUGCUAAAAUUGGGUUUGACCAAGAACACAUACCAUAUUUAAGGAAGAAAAUGGCAGUAGAAGUACUAGCAGGUGAACUAUUGGUUAAGUGAAUAAUAUUUUUUUAUAUUCAAUGAAAUUUUCUUUGUUAUCGGUUACGAUAGUAACGUUAUCAGCUAGAAAUUAUAAAUUAUAUUUA